ACAAUAUUUUCUCCUUAUGAACAAAUCGAUAUUUGAUUUAAUCGGAUGUCAUACGAGAAGGAAUUUCUUUUCAGUAUCCGUUCCUGCUCCUCUCCAUCGCCACCGCCGCCGCCUCUGCAUCGUCAUCACCAUCUCCCCGACUUCUCUGUAACGGAUAGGCCUCACCUCCGGAACGGAACUGACUCCAGUCCGCUUUCGGUUUGGCCAUCGCGAAUGCCAACGCGUCGAGCUCAGUAAGAGCGCAGCGUUCGCAACGUGCGCCUCGCUCGAAAACGACCGAUCACGCGGCCAUCGUCCACCGACUAGUCGGCCUCCAUUAAAAUUUCCGACGAACAGAGGAAUUCAUUUAUCCACGUAAUCACCUGGAUAUCGGAGAAAAAAGAAAAAAAAAAAAACAUCGCCAAAGGAUACGCGCGAGGGGCCUGCGAUAACGAAUCCGGGAUGGAGCGCACGCGACCGGGUCGGGAGGAAUGAGUGCGAAUAGCUCGGUGGAUCCACGAGAGGGAAGCUCGAUGCUGAAGAAGAGCCUACGCAGCCGGUGAACCCUGACUCGCGGAUGCGUGACUGCAAGGAUGCGCGCACGCAGGAGACGGUGCGUGAUAUCCCGGUGACGACGACGAUCAGAAUUACACCACGUACACCACGCGUGCGAGCAGGCACGCACGAAUCCACGCACGCGUACAAUCGAGAGAUCAGAGACAAUCGCCAAUGAGGCUGGGCCCGAUCAUCCUGUCGUGGGUCACGGCCACGGUCAGCUGGCCGGGCCUGAUGGCGGCCCGAAUCCCGCGCUCCCGGGACUACGAGCUCUCGACGGAGUUCUUCCUGGUGCCGUCCGAGACCGGACAGCACGGCCUGGCGAGCGUGGCGAGCGUCAUCAGCGUGCCGGCGCCCAACCGGACGGUGACCGUCUUUAGGUCACCGCCGCCGGGCAUCAGGAAGGGCCAGGAGGUGGAGAUGCGACCGACCCCGAAGUCCUUGCUGAAGCAACGACCCUGGGCACUGCCGCUCGCCGCGCUGAGCGCCGCGUCCAUGCUCCUCAUGGCCAGUUUCGAGGUCUUUGUAUUGUUCAAGGCCAGAUCGACGGCGCCGAACAGACGACAUUUGUUUUUGGGGCAAACGCUACUUCUGGGCCUCUUUCUCUUGGCGGGCCUUUCGGCUGCAGCUUCCCUCAGCCAAAAUCCGCUAUCUUGCGCCGCUUUCCGGUUAGUGGGUCUACCUGCCGCCCUCGUGUUCGCCGCCCUCCUGGUCAAAUGCGUCUUCCUGCUCUCCUUGAACAGCGGUGUCUAUCUGCCGGCGCCUUAUCAGGCGCUGGUGCUGGUGUUCGCGGUGUUGGUGCAGGUGGCCAUUGUCGGGCAAUGGUUUUACGGCGAACCACCUGCGGUGAUCCAGGUGCCGCAACAAGCGGGCCAAAGCUCGCCAGUGUCCACCUCCUGCAAGACUCCACUCGGACAGAUAGUGGCUUCCCUCGGGUAUCCCGGAGCACUAUUGGUGGCAGUAGCCUGUCUGGCUGUCCGGGCACGUGGAGUCCGGGACAAUAAUCGGGAGGCGGCUUUCAUCGGCCUAGCGGUCGGUCUCUCGUUGCCGAUUUGGGUCUCCAGCGGGAUCGGUUCGCUCGCUGCCGGCAGCGAGGAUGACCGAGAGGCCUGGCUGGCCUACGGCCUCCUGGCCACGUCGCUCUUCGUCUUUCUCACGAUGUUCCUGCCGAAGGGACGCCAGCUGGCCGCCCUGGGUCGCGAGGGUCCCGCCGCUGUCAUUCGCGACCGCGACGAUGCCCUCAGCUCCCUCCCCGGCAGCGGCUACUCACCCUCCUUCUUUCACUUCAAGCCCGCGGAGACGUCUUUGAAGAGGAAGAUGCAUUAUCACAGUGCUGAUCGAGUCGCACUGGUCUCGUCCGGGAUACCCGGAUGCAGCGCCUGCAGGCACGGAGGAAGUCCAAUAUACUCGGACGAUGUACAUGGACCGAUGGAGACGUUUGUUUUGUCACCUGGUAUGUACUUGAGGCCAGAGGAUGCCGGAAAUCUCUACACGACCUUGUCGGCCAAUCCCAAUGUGUUCUUCCAGAGAGCAGCUCAUCCCGGAAUGAUGUACUGAUAAGGCGAAUCUUAUCAUCGAUGACAAUGAGUCUCGUUUUUUUUUUUUUGUAGAUUGCGAUGUGACAAACCAUUAUUGUUUUCUCAUUGCUCUGUAAAUAAUUCAUUACAAUUAUACAUAUAUCAUUAUUCAAUUUGAGCGUCUAAAGAAAGAAAGAAAAAAUCUCAAAGCGAUAAAUCUUCUAUAAAAGUUUUUGUAAUAUGGAUGAUUAUCGCCAGCGAUUUAUCGUAAUGAAAAAAUUUCGAGUAAUUAGUGAGUCUAACGAUGUAAAUCAUUGAUGCAAAAAGCUGGAAAUGUAUGCGUUAUUUCCAGGUCAAUAAACAUAUGAUUUUU